AUGGUUAUCAUACUUUACGACUUUUCAAGUCCUCGUGUGAAUGGCACCUGGGCCCCAAGCACAUGGCGUGCGAGGUAUUUUCUCAAUUACAAAGGAAUCCCUUACCACACAGAAUGGAUCGAGAAUGCCGACGUCGAAGCCAACGCAAUUAGGAACGGUAUACCGCCCAAUGGAAAAAAUCCAGACGGAUCACCCAAGUACAUGCUUCCUUCCAUCCACGACACUUCCACUGGCGCAAAGAUUACCGACUCACUGGCUAUCGCUGACUACCUCGAGAAGACAUACCCUGACGCGCCAACCAUCUUCCCCGGCGAUGCUCGCGCCACUCAAGGUGCCUUGGAAUUCCCCGCCUCUAUAACCACGCACUCGUUUGCUCUUCCCUACAUUGUGGGCGGCUUCCUUUCUCCCAGGAGCGAGCACAAGAUUCGCUCCAUUAUGGAGCCCAUGUUAGGGAAGCGCAUAGAAGAUCUCCUUCCCGUCGGAGAAGAGCGCGUCAAGCAAUGGGUGGCCUUCAAGGACAUAAUUGGGCAGAUGAACGCUUGGUUUGAGAAGAGCGAUGCGAAAGGGCCGUUCGUUUUUGGAGACGUACUUUCCUGGGCCGACAUCGUUGCAGCUUCUCAACUUCGCUAUUUCAAAGCUAUUUGGGGCGCGGAAAGUAAGGAAUGGCAGGAUUUGGAAACCUGGCACGGCGGACGUUGGAAGAACCUCAUCGACGCACUUGAGAAAUACGAGACUGCUAUGUAA